AUGUCUUUGAUUAGUGCAACAAUUUCUGCAGUGAAAAACAGUCCUAGGGAAAUAUUCAACCGCUACCUGUUCUUGUGUACUUGGAUAUGGAGCUUUUCAGGAGUUGCCAAAGGUUUCGACGAGGGAAACAUCGCCUCACUUGUCACCAUGGCCGUCUUCAAGAAGAGAUUUGGCAUUGAUAAUCAAUCAGAAUCCGAGUACUCAAAUACGAAAGGCUGGAUAGUAGCGAUUGCAACUGCUGGAGCUGUGUUGGGAUGUCUCGCGUGUGUCAAACUCACUGAGAAACUUGGCCGCAAGUUGACGAUGCAAAUUUUCACUCUUGUUUAUAUUGCCGGUAUUCUCGGACAAACUUUCUCGUCUGGAAGUGUGGCUGGAUUGUAUAUCUCGAGGAUCAUCUCAGGUGUUGGCAUUGGUGCUACUACAGUUCUGCCUCCAGUCUACAUUUCCGAGAUUGCUCCUCGCUCGAUUCGUGGCCUUCUUACUCUCCAAUACACUUGUUGUCAGCAACUUGGUGUCGUCUUUGGAUUCUUCUUCAAUUACGGGAUCACAAAACACUACGCAGGUACACAAAUCCAAUGGCAACUGCCCACUGCGCUCCAGAUUGCGCCUGCUGUUAUUUGGGGCCUAGGAACAUUCUUCACGCCGGAAUCUUCUCGUUUCCUGCUUUCUCGUGGCAAACCUUCCGAGGCUCUCAAAGUUCUCUGUGACUUCCGAAAGCUUCCUGCGGACCACCCCUACGUACAAGAAGAGUUCCAAGCCAUGCAAGCUCAACUUGAACAUGAGAUGGAGAUUGUGUCCGGUGCCUCAGUCGUGGACCUCGUCAAAGAGACAUGGAAAGACAUGCCAAACAGACGCCGGUUUAUCCUCAUGUUCCUCGCCCAUCUAUUCAGUCAGUGGAGUGGUGCCAAUGCGAUCACGCAGUACAGUCCAUCCAUCUUUGGUUAUCUCGGUAUUCAAGGAGAAGAGGGUCGCCUACUUGCCACAGGAGUCUACGCUAUUGUCAAGUUUGUCUCAGUGCUGCUAUUCUCGGUCUUCGUCAUUGACUUCAUCGGCCGACGGCGAUCUCUUCUCACCGGAAUCUCUCUUCAGAUUGGUACGCUUCUUUUCGUGGGCAUCUACCUAAAGAUUACAAACGGACGCAGCGCGGCAGGCAUUUCUGCAAACCCUGCUUCUCGGCGGGCCAGCGAGGCAGCGAUUGCAGCAAUCUACUUGCAUGCAAUUGCUUGGUCGAUUGGAUGGUUUUCCAUCCCAUACCUUGUUAGUGCUGAAGUGUUCCCUAUACGAAUCAGAUCGCUGUGUGUCUCCGUGCUUAUGGCGUUUCACUGGGCGUUCUACUUCGGCUGUUCCCGCGCGAUGCCAUCACUUCUAGCCGCGACUGAACGUUACGGUGCGUUCAUUUUCUUUGCAUCUAUUUGCUCGAUCUCGCUUGUUUAUGUGUAUUUGGCGAUGCCGGAAACAUCGGGAAGAUCUUUGGAGUCUAUGGAGAGUCUUUUUAGUCGGCCGUGGUACACGGUGCAUAAAGUUGCGUACCCCAAGGCCGAAGACCUCGCUGCAGCUCCGGUUGCAACGGACGAAAACGGCAAGCCAUCUGUGGCACACAAGUCUUAA